UAAAAAUAAAUUGUUGUGUACUUAUAGAUAAAAGCAAACUCCAACACCUCAACUUCUUGAGUACAAUCGUGACUGUCCAAAAAAGAUAAAAUGGCAUAUUUGAGUCCAAAAAAUGCUUUGAUUGAUGAAUACCAAGAGCUGUUGACCUGUAUUAUCUGCACUGGGACAUUGAAAAAUGCCAAAUCCCUUAGCUGUGGACACUCCUACUGUAAGAACUGUCUUAAAACUUGGAUCGAGAAAAAUAAGGGGAAAAGAGAUAAAACAUUUCCAUGUCCAAUAUGCAAUGCCAAACAUGAAAUUCCAAAGAAUUGUGUUGAUGACUACCAUACUAAUAUUACCAUCAACUCUAUGGUUGAAAUCCUCGAAAAUCAACUGUCACGUGAUAAGAACUUGAAGGCUAAUUGCGACAUCUGUGCCCAGGAAGGUGAUGAUGUGCCAGCUGUAUCACGUUGUGUUGAAUGUGCUGAAAACCUAUGCCAGGCAUGUAACAAGUCGCAUAAGCGGUCUCAAGGUACCAGAUCCCACAACAUGUAUGAUUUAACUGGAGAUCCAGAGAAAGAUGCCAGACUAGCGCUGGACAACUAUGUCAAACGCAACAUACAAUGCCCGAAACAUCAGGAUCAGCCGCUUAAGUUUUUCUGUUCAAAAGAUAAAGCCAUCGUAUGCACACAUUGCUGUAUUACAGAACAUCCAGGACAUAAGUGUGAAGCCAUUGAAGAAGCAGCUGAUAAGGAGAAACAAAAUAUUUCUGCCCUUUUUGGACUUGCCAAUCAAAGAAAGGAAUUGUUCGAGAAGUUCAUCCAAGAUUCAAGUGACAUGCUUCAAUCAUAUCAGGGAAACAGAGAGUCUUUACUUAAAGAGAUUGAUACAGAUCAUGCUGCAAAAUGUAAAGAACUGGAUGAACAUUUUGCAAAGCUCCAUAAAGAACUAGAUGAACAGUUGGCGAGGCGACAUAAAGAACAAAAUGAGAAUCAUAAAAAACUUCAAAAUGAAGCUAAAGCUGUGGCUCACGAGAAAACAAAGGUGAUUCAGGCCAAGCAAAACCAGCAUGAGUUAGAAAAGGGAAUUGCUGAAAGUACCCUUCUUCACCUUACAGCUCUUAUAAAACACGGUCAUCCUGUUGACAUCAUGAAUUCAAGCACUGAUACAGCGAAGAAGCUCCAAGAUUGGGGAAGAAUACCUGAAGAAGAUGAGGACCCUGUGGACAAAUACACGUAUCAACCUGGAACAUUAGAUCCUGCCAACAUGGUGAAAUUACAGCAACCUGAAACCCUAGACAGCGCUAAAAUGGGGCGAAUACAUAAGAGCAAUGUAACAAGAGAAGUUAAACUAGGUGACAAGAAUCCAGGUGUAAAGAAAAUAUAUGGUGCCACAAAAGGGUACAACAAUACCAUUGUAUUAUGCCAUGAGCCAUCAGGUGGUAUGUCUAGCUAUGCUGCUGACACCUUCACCAAACUGCACACAGCAAAAGGUAAUUUCAUUGAUGUAUGUUGUAUGCAGGGCAACUUAUAUGCAGCAACUGAUUACAGUAACAAAUGUAUCAGUAUUCACAACCACAACCUUGUCCACCAGAAGAACAUAGGGAAAUGCAAAGACCCCUGGGGUAUAUGUGAAGCACCAGGUAAAGGACUGCUAGUUGUUGACAACACUGACAAGUGUGUUUAUCUUGUUGAUUACAAUGAUGGAAAGAUACAAGAUACUAUUGGCAAGGGUCACCUCACAGACCCAUACUAUGUUACAAUAAAUAAUAAUAGUACUGUGUUUAUAUCAGAAUAUGGUGCACAUUGUGUGAAAGGAUUCACAAUGCAGGGAGAAGAAGUCAAUAAGUAUGGUACAUAUGGUGGAGGACCUGAACAGCUUGAUGCUCCAGAAUGUGUCUGCAUUGAUCCUGAUAACAACCUUAUCAUUGCUGACAGAGACAACCAUAGAGUUGUACUGCUUGACCAGAACUGUAAAUUCAUCAAGUACUUGCUUGAACCUGAGGAUGGUAUGAAGUCUCCACGAAGUGUUAUAAUAAACAAUGAAGGUGAUCUUAUUGUUGGAGAUCAGGACAGUAGAGACCUGUUCGUCAUUAGGUAUAGACAGUAACUGAAAAUGGAAUGUCUGCAUGGGACUAUAACCAGCCAUAGGACUGAUAUAUAAAUUGUAAUUGAACAAUGAAUAUCAACAUGGAUACAAAUAGCAAUAGGACUGAUAUAUGAAUCGUAAUUGAACAAUGAAUAUCAACAUGGAUACAAAUAGCUAUAUUAAUUGUUAACAUGGAUAGGGACUAAGGCUUUGAUAUAAAGAUAGUGAAAUGUUAACAUGGAUAUGACCUCAGCAUUGAUACACGGACUAUGAAUAGAUAACAAUAAACUAAUCAAAAGAAAGAAUUUAAAACACUAAUUUACAGUUAUCUGAUACAAUCUGAAUAUCUAUAGAUACAUCAUAGGAAUACCCCAUCUUUGGUUGUUGCUUCAUAUAGGUGUCAGCAGUAUAACUGGUUAUUAACUAUGUUGAACAAUGUUAUAAUUGUGUUUACUGAGCAAUAGUUAAUUUGCUGUUAAGACUACAGGUCAAAGUUAUGUAUAUGAUUCUAUGGUAUCAAACCACAAAAACAGCAAUUUUAAAAACCAUUUUAAUUUAGAUUAGUCACACAGACUCCAAAUAGAUUAUUCUAUUCUGACAUUAUUUAUGAGAUAUACUGACAGUUU